AUUUUCAAGAACAGAGUGAAGAAUUAAACUUUGCAGCUCUUUGUUAUUAUGCCUCAUAAUCCCAGCACUGCAGAGCCAUUGAAAUAUUUUUAUUUAUUUAUUUAUUUAUUAUUAUUAUUUUUUUUUUUUCUGGGUUAAACAAAACCCGAAUACAUUAGUGAAAGUGAAAGUGAAAGUGAUGUGACAUGUAGCCGAGUAUGGUGACCCAUACUCGGAAUAAGCGCUCUACAUUUAACCCAUCCAAAGCGCACACACACAGCAGUGAACACACACACAAAGUAUUGAACACUCACCCAGAGCAGUGGGAAGCCAUUGUUUUGCUGCGGCGCCCGGGGAGCAGUUGGGGGUUCGGUGCCUUGCACAAGGGCACCUCAGUCAUGGCAUUGAAGGUGGGAUAGAGUGCUGUACAUUCAUUCCCCCCACCUAAAAUCCCUGCCGGUACGAGACUCGACCCUCAACCUUUCGGUUACAAGUCCAACUAUCUUACCAUUAGCCCCCGACUUCUUUUAAUAAUACGUUUAUGAGGUAUAUUACAAAUUUAAGGCUUAAAUACAAUGAACUGGAAAUGACUGCAAAUGAUUAUGUUGUACUUAAUGUGGUUUUGAUAUUUACAGUUUUCCUGUGUAUGUCCAAUAGGUUCUGCUACAAUGGGACAGGAACUGCAAGGGUCAGGGAGUUCUGCUACAAUGGGACAGGAACUGCAAGGGUCAGGGAGUUCUGCUACAAUGGGACAGGAACUGCAAGGGUCAGGGAGUUCUGCUACAAUGGGACAGGAACUGCAACGGUUGGGGAGUUCUGCUACAAUGGGACAGGAACUGCAAGGGUUGGGGAGUUCUGCUACAAUGGGACAGGAACUGCAAGGGUUGGGGAGUUCUGCUACAAUGGGACAGGAACUGCAUGGGUCAGGGAGUUCUGCUACAAUGGGACAGGAACUGCAAGGGUUAGGAAGUUCUGCUACAAUGGGACAGGAACUGCACUGGUUAGGGAGUUCUGCUACAAUGGGACAGGAACUGCAAGGGUUAGGGAGUUCUGCUACAAUGGGACAGGAACUGCACUGGUUAGGGAGUUCUGCUACAAUGGGACAGGAACUGCAAGGGUUAGGGAGUUCUGCUACAAUGGGACAGGAACUGCAAGGGUCAGGGAGUUCUGCUACAAUGGGACAGGAACUGCAAGGGUCAGGGAGUUCUGCUACAAUGGGACAGGAACUGCAAGGGUCAGGGAGUUCUGCUACAAUGGGACAGGAACUGCAAGGGUUGGGGAGUUCUGCUACAAUGGGACAGGAACUGCAAGGGGUUGGGGAGUUCUGCUACAAUGGGACAGGAACUGCAAGGGUUGGGGAGUUCUGCUACAAUGGGACAGGAACUGGCAUUGGUCAGGGAGUUCCUGCUACAAUGGGACAGGAACUGCAAGGGUUAGGAAGUUCUGCUACAAUGGGACAGGAACUGCACUGGUUAGGGAGUUCUGCUACAAUGGGACAGGAACUGCAAGGGUUAGGGAGUUCUGCUACAAUGGGACAGGAACUGCACUGGUUAGGGAGUUCUGCUACAAUGGGACAGGAACUGCACGGGUUAGGGAGUUCUGCUACAAUGGGACAGGAACUGCAAGGGUUAGGGAGUUCUGCUACAAUGGGACAGCAAGAUUCAAGGAGUUCUGCCUCAGUGAGACAUAA